GGUGCGGGCUGGCGUAAAUAAAUAAGGAGAGGAACUCAACGAGGGAAGAGCCGAAUAAAUAAAUCGCACACACACCUGGAGCCAGCGGACUGUGAGCCUGUUGGUCUCGAGCAUCAGGAGGACAGCAGGAAGAUGUGAAUCACUCACUUUGACUGACUGCAUAGCAUUCUUCACCGUUCGUGGAGGAAUGUCCGCUUUUUAUACGCUCUGUAAACCUAUGGGCUGGACCGGAGGCUGUGUGGAACGGAGACACUUACCUGCUGCUGCUGAUGCUGAUGCUGCUGUGUCUCUCAUCAGACUGAUGUGAUGGCUGUCCCUUACGGAAAGGAAUCCAGAGGCUGUGUGUCAUAGAAAGAGUGAUUUAGAAUCUCUUCUUGGCUGCACCAUCAUCACGACCCCCCUGGAUGUUCUCUUGAUGUAUUGCUGUGGUCUGGGACACUGGCGGAGAGAACAGUCCACCUAUGGUUCGGCAGACCGUCAGGACUCAGGGGCCACUGAGGAGAAGGAGAAGAAUGCCCAAGUCCAGCUUGAGAAGGCCAAGUUUAAGCCUGUUGCUUUCGCCGUGCGCACAAACUUCACCUACACUCCUGCAGAUGAUGACAACGUCCCCAUACCAGGGCACGGGGUUUCUUUUGAAGCUAAAGACUUCCUGCAUAUUAAAGAGAAAUUUAACAAUGACUGGUGGAUUGGACGGCCUGUGAAGGAAGGGGGAGAGGUUGGUUUUAUCCCCAGCCCGGUGAACCUGGAAACGAUUCUGAUCAGAAGAGAGGUGCAGGCCAGGAAGGCCGCCAAAGCGCUGGCCAAUAAAGCGGCUAAUGCUGCCAAAGAUGAUAUGAAUGCAAAGAAAGCUGCUGCUCCACCACAAACAGUUCAGCAAGUGAAGAAGAAAUCGGGAGAGCAACUGGCUGCAUAUGAUGUUGUGCCUUCCAUGCGUCCUGUGGUGCUCAUGGGGCCUUCGCUCAAGGGCUAUGAGGUUACAGACAUGAUGCAAAAAGCUCUCUUUGAUUUUUUAAAACACAGAUUUGAAGGAAGAAUUACUAUCACCCGGGUGACAGCAGAUAUUGCACUUGCCAAGCGAUCGAUCCUCAACAACCCCAGCAAGCACGCCAUAAUGGAUCGCUCCAACACCCGCUCCAGUUUAGCCCAAAUCCAAGGUGAGGUUGAGAGGAUUUUUGAGUUAGCACGCAGUCUACAGCUUGUGGUUCUGGAUGCCGACACCAUUAACCAUCCUCUCCAACUAAGCAAGACCUCCUUGGCCCCGAUCCUGGUGUAUGUCAAGAUUUCAUCACCCAAGGUUCUGACAAGACUGAUAAAGACCAGGGGCAAAUCUCAGACUAAACAUUUGAAUGUUCAGAUGGUGGCCGCAGACAAACUGGCCCAGUGUCCCAAUGAGCUGUUCGAUGUCAUCUUGGAUGAGAACCAGCUGUCAGAUGCCUGUGAACACAUCGCUGAUUACCUGGAAGCGUAUUGGAGAGCCACACACCCUCCUGAAAUGGAGCCUCCCAACCCCAUGCUGGAGAAACUGGUCGAAAACACACUCCCCACCAGCCCCACACCUGCUAAGGAUGAACAGAAAAGCAAGAAGACGGCCGCCACCAAGAGAAAAGGGUCUCAAGAGCACCAGCAGGAGCAUCAGCCCCAGGCUCAGGAGACGAGAGAGGAGGAGGAGGAGGAAGAAGAGGAAGUGCAGGAGGAGGCAGAGGAGGAGGAGAGGCUCCUUCGUAGUGAGCCAAAGAGACACAGCCAUCAUCAUCACCACCAUCAUCACCACCACCACCGCUCCAGCACCAGCCGACCAACAGAGCCCCACAACAAACACCAGCACCACAUGCGCCACCAGCAGCCCGCCGACAUGGAGCUGCUUCCUGCUAAAGACACUUCGUACGUGGAGUCCCGGAGCAGGCGCACGCUCCCAGUCGAGGGCGACCCAGACCAAACCGAGGUCUACCACAAUAGGACUACAACUCAAAGGGACCAUAACCACCACCAUCACAACCACCACCACCGACAUCACCACCACCGCCGCGGGACAACAGACGUUCAGCCGGAUUAUGCCCACCACGGGCAGCAGGACUACGAGCUGGAGCACAACGAGCACAACAGGCAACAGAGACAGUCGAGCCAGCUGCGCUCGCACAAACAAUCACAUCACUACCCUCACUCGCACCACAAUCACUAUCACUACCAGGGACGGGAGCGGGACAGGGAGAGGGACAGGUGCGUCGAAACAGAGGAGUGGACUGAAGACAUGUACAUUCAUCGCUGAGAUGGACGUUGUUUUAAUGCUGCUAUGUGAAAUGCUGGCUACCGUGUACUCAGGACAACAUGGUUUCUCUUUCUUUAUCCAUUCUGCUGCGUUAUCGCCUCCUCUGGUCCACAUCUAAUUUCUUUGCUUUUCAGUUUUCAUUCAUAUAAUUCUGUGUUCCUCUGGCUUUAUAUUCGCGUCUUGCUUUCAGGGCUUGAUUACUGCAUUCAUAAAAGAGUCAGCACAUUGGUCCUUCCAAUCCUGAGUAUGUGGUUACUUCUUUGCUUUUUACUGUUCCUGUUUCCUGAUAUGUACAUAUGCAAACUGGUCACGUCUUAUACUGCAAUGCUCUUACCCAUGUUUAUUUGUCGCCCUUGAGAAAGAUAACUGGAUUUUUUUGACUUCUGAUUUUUUUUUUCAGUUGGCCUUUUGUAGAACGUGCUGCUACACUAGUGGUAGAUUUGAAAAUAUUAAGAAUAUAAUAAGGAACAAGCCACACAGAAAUAUUAAUUAUGCAUUCGCAUUGUGCUGCUAUUGGCUGCAUGAAAUUUAGGCACAUUUAGGCACACUUGGGCUUUUCAUCUCAAGGAUUGGAAGGUCUGUUUUUUACCAACAUUCAAACAAUGACAGUCUAGUCUAGUCAUUUUUUAUGAAUUUUUUCCAACUUAUUUUUAAAAUAAGAGUGGUGCCAUUUGUAAUUUAAAUGUGCAAGGCUUCUGGGGUCAUUCGCUUACAGUUAUUUUAGCUGUACAAAAACAAUCUGUUAUGCUGCUUGAUAUUGCAAAGUGGUAUUUGUUAUCAUAUUAUUUUAAUUGAUCAAAAUCAUAAAUGCGCUGAUUUGUAUUUCAAAGAAAUUUUAGUUUUAAAUUAAUUUAUUACACUUUUUUAGUUUUAGUUAUUAACUAAUUUAUUUAUUUAUCUCGCCUAAUGAAUCAGAAGUCUUGCACAUUUACAUAAAAAUGCUAAAAAAAAAUUAAAAAAUAAGGUGGAUAUUUUGGAUGUUAACGUAUUUUCUGGUAAGCUAGUUUAAAACACAGAAACAACAAGAAAUUUGUAGGCUCUGGCACAACACAAAAAAAUAAUUUAUUUGACCAUCUCAACCAGCCUGACAGCAACAGCUGUUAUAAAUUCUGUGUAUUUGUCUGACCUAUGGCAGAUAGGGAGAGGGUUCAAGGCGCCUGUCUGAAAAAUCAUUAUUAUGUUUUAUAAUUCCAUUUAGUGACACUACUAAGAGCAGUUUAAAGUCAGCAUAAAUUACUGUUUGCAACCUAUUUUCCAUAAUCUGACAUCUCAGAGGGACACAGAAUUUCAGUGAGAUUCAAAGCAUAAUAUUUAUUUUCAUAUUACAAUUUUAUGUUGACUUUAAUUAAUGUAUACAUAGUUCAGUGUUUAGUUUGGCCUGGUUUUGUAGAUUGUAUUUCACAAAAAUCAAUCCAGAUUUUAUUCAGUAAAUUUCAUACAAAGGAUCAUUUGUGUCAAUACAAAGACCUUACCUGAUUGCUCAUGCAAAAUUAUUUCAAAUGAACACUUUUAAUGUUUAUGAACACAGUUUCAUUCUGUUCCAUAUUUAUAUAUAUACAAUGAGAUCAUUUUAGCCGACCAGCUGCAUGUAUUUAUGAUUUUCAAAAUGUUUAUUUAAAUAUAUACAGUAUGUAUAUCAAAUGGAUAUAUGUUUUCUUUUCUCUUAAUCAUUACUUUCAUCUUCAUAAAGUACAAAGGCACACUCAAAUGUCCUGAGAAAAAGAAGUACAAUGAUUCAGAAAAUACCUAUUUUAUUACAAAAGCAUGGUAAAAGAUUUGUUUCCAGUUUUUUUUUAGAAAUGAAAAGAGGAAGAUGGCAAUGAUCUCUGAUCUGUUCAUAUUCUCAGUGCAUCUGGAACCAUGACAUUUAUUUACACUUGAUACCUUUAUGUUUCCUGAGUACUCUAUGCAUUAGUUUGUGACAACACUCUAGCUUGAAAAUUGUUUCUAUGCAUUUGUAUAUACCUCAUAAAUGCCUUUGUAGAUACUGGAUUGAUAAAACUGAGUACAGAUACUGCUGCACUGUAAUAUAGAUGUACUUCUGUAUUCAGUUGGUCUGACUGUAUAUUGUCUUUGAAAUGUUCUCCUAAACAAAUAAUGCACACGUAUGAUUUACUA